CCCGCCCUCCCCGCCGCCGCCGCCGCUGCCGCCGCCGCCUCCCCCCCCGAGCCUGCGGGCGGCGCGGAGGCCGAGGAGCGCUCGCUGCAGCACAUGCUGCGCGCCAUAGCCGAGGAGCGCGGCCGCCUCAGCCUGCGCCGCGAGGUCUGCGGCCUCGGGUCCUUCAAGGAUGACCGCAUUGUCUUCUGGACUUGGAUGUUCUCCACCUACUUCAUGGAGAAGUGGGCCCCGCGGCAGGACGACAUGCUUUUCUACGUGCGCCGGAAGCUGGCGUACACGGGCAGUGAGGGCACCAUCGACGGGAGGAAGCUGGCUGAGGCCGAGCCCGAGGUGGAGGUGGAGGUGUACCGGCGGGACUCCAAGAAGCUGCCGGGCCUCGGGGACCCUGACAUCGACUGGGAGGAGAGCGUCUGCCUGAACCUCAUCCUGCAGAAGCUGGACUACAUGGUGACAUGUGCUGUGUGCACACGUGCGGAGGGGGGCGACAUCCACAUUCAUAAGAAGAAAUCCCAGCAAGUGUUCGCAUCCCCCAGUAAACAUCCCAUGGACAGCAAAGGGGAAGAAUCCAAGAUCAGCUACCCCAACAUCUUCUUCAUGAUCGACAGCUUCGAGGAGGUGUUCAGCGACAUGACCGUGGGGGAAGGAGAGAUGGUCUGCGUGGAGCUGGUGGCCAGUGACAAAACCAACACGUUCCAAGGGGUCAUCUUCCAGGGCUCCAUCCGCUAUGAGGCGCUCAAGAAGGUGUACGACAACCGCGUGAGUGUGGCGGCCCGCAUGGCGCAGAAGAUGUCAUUUGGCUUCUACAAGUACAACAACAUGGAGUUUGUGCGCAUGAAGGGGCCACAGGGCAAGGGCCACGCUGAGAUGGCGGUCAGCCGUGUGUCCACUGGUGACACGUCCCCCUGCGGGACCGAAGAGGACUCCAGUCCAGCUUCGCCCAUGCACGAGCGGGUGACCUCCUUCAGCACACCCCCCACUCCCGAGCGGAACAACCGGCCUGCCUUCUUCUCCCCAUCCCUCAAGAGGAAGGUGCCCCGGAACCGGAUCGCGGAGAUGAAGAAAUCUCACUCGGCCAACGACAGCGAGGAGUUCUUCCGGGAGGACGACGGGGGAGCCGACCUGCACAGUGCCACCAACCUGCGGUCCCGGUCCCUGUCCGGCACGGGGCGCUCCCUGGUCGGGUCCUGGCUGAAGCUGAACAGAACGGACGGGAGCUUCCUUCUCUAUGCACACUUGACCUAUGUCACUUUGCCGCUGCAUCGGAUCCUCACAGACAUCCUGGAGGUACGGCAGAAGCCCAUCCUGAUGACCUAGCCGUGUGCGGAGCCCCCAGCCCUGCCCAGUCCUGGGAGUGCUGCCAAGUGCCUACCUGUCCAUCGCCACUGGGGUCUUCUGGGACUACCCAGCGCCGGAGCCGGAGCCGGGCGGGGCCGCUCGACUCCUGGGGCCAGGGCCGACUCCACGAACACCAGCCCAAACUGAAGUGCCUCUUUCUCCUCCCCGCUGGCUCUGCUCCCGCCCCUGCGCCCCCCAUCCGGCACCCUCAGCCCAUCUCUGGGGAACCCUCUGCACCCAGAGAGGACCAGAGAUGCCAGGAGGCCGUAAGAGAGAGCAGAGGAGCCGCCAGCACCCGAGAGUCCAGCCCACCGGACCCGAUGCUCACGUCCCGACAGACAGUAGGCGGAGAACACCUGGUCGGGGGCUCGCAGUGUGUCAAACUGUCAACACUUAAGGAAAAGCGGUUUCAGGUUUUGUGACGCUGUACCAGUGACCUUCAGCAUCUGAGUUAGUCCCGAUCGUCUGUCCUCCCUAGUUUACCCCUUGGUCGCAGAUGGGACUCGGUGGGGGCGGGGAGCAUGGCUGUGUGAUGGUUUGCCCUGGGCUGGGAACAGCUCAGCCCGCGCCCGGGUCCAGGCAGGCCCCCUCCUGCCAGAAUGGCCUUUGCUUCCAGCCAAAGAGCAUCAUCAACACUCGCACCUCCGACUUGGGGGCAGCCCGUCUGCACCUCUGCUGGCGUGACCCGCAGAGUUUGGGUGCUGAGGGUGGGCGGGAGGGCUUGGUAGCUGGACGGGAGGAGGGUGGGGUCCCUGCCAAACUGCGAGGUGGGGUCAGCGUCCUCCCAGGAAGGUUCCAGGCAGAACCUCCGUCCUCUGGGGCCAGGGGAGGGGAGGAGGUGUCUCAUCUUCCCUGGUUCCCUAGAGCUUAUUUCCUCUGAGAGGGCAUGCUGGCCCCAUGUCUCAGACCAGCCGCCGAGGCAAGUAGGAGCUGGCUCCCACGUGGCCUGGCAGGCCUCGCUGCAGCUGGAGGGGUUUCCAUCGAUGGUGACACACUGUGCUCUUCUCAGAACCACGAGCCUCUCAAGAGCAGAAGCGUUUCCCCUGCCUCAAGGGAGGAAGCUGUCAGCUGGGUCUCUGCUGCUCUGUUUGUGUCCUCAGGAGUAUUUGAAGGGCUCCUGGAGGACUAUGGUUAGAGAUCCUCUGGGGGGUGGGGGGGAGGAGGAGGGGCUUGUUCUCCCAUCCGUUUCCAUGCUGCGCGCUCCAAGGGUUUGCGCUGGGCUCCGGGAACAGGGGACGACUUUGGGGCGUCUCCAGAUUUUGUAUGCUGUUAUUAAAAGCGAGCUAUUGCAUUUCACUCUGCCUCAGUUUGCCCACCUGUAAAUGGGGCUGAUACCACCUACCUCACUGAAGUCUCUAGGGUUCCAGGGCAUGACCAGGUCAGGGCGAGAUGGCCAGCCAUUCUGCACAGCUCAGCCCGGGGCUGGUGUGAGACCGUCGGGACGCAUACCCUCCCCACACCCCAGUCACCCACACCAGGAAGGCGAGCGGUGGAGUUGGGACGAACAAUCUUGUGUUCUCAGGCGGCGCCCGGCUCACGCUCAGCUGUGGCUCAGCUCCCCGCAUGACUGCACCUUCCAAAGCUGUGUCUUAGGGCAGCUCAGAGUCAGGUCCACACCACGCGCUGGAGCGGAGCCUCAGGGAGCCGUGAGCCUGGCCCAGAGUUCCCAGACGCCGGGUGAGUGUUCCUUGGGGAGCCCAGCGCUGUCCUCACAUCUGUGUCCAAGGUGGCAGAUUACAGCUUUUCUUUAGGCUCUUUCUCUUCCUGGUCUUCUGGGGUCUGAAGACUCUGGCUCAGUUCUUGGGAGAUGUGCAGUCCUAACGUGUCUUCUGUGGGAGGAUGAGGUAGUUUAGCACACGUUCAGGUGAAGAGCCCGAGGAGGGUCCUCCCACUGGACCCGGAAGUCAGCUCCUCUGUUAAGAUGCAAACUUAAGUUCUGCCUCAAAGGGUCACUGAGGGCCAGUUGCAGGACCAUGUGAACAUGCUUUGCAGAUCUUAGAAAUGUGGGCCAGGGUGGAAUUAGAGAUCACACCUCCGUUGUAAAGCAUGUGCGCAGACACACACGAUGGUUUGGCUGUUUUAUAUCCAGCGCUUCGGUGGCACCUAGUGUGUGCAGGCACCAUGCUAAACAUUUAGGUGCUGUCACCAUCCCCAUCUUACAGAGGAGGGAGCAGCCGCAGAGAGGUCAGGAUGACAGGAGCACAGCCCAGGCCUCCGCCGCAGUCAACACCAAGCCUCGAUGCCGUGCCGCCCCAGGACAGAUGCAUGAACGUUCCGUGGAGUCGACCUUUCUCAGUCUUAAAUCCUCCAAAGGGUACUUGUGACACUGAAUUUAAAACAUGCUUAAAGGCGCUUGGUAACUAGGCAGUAAGCUGUUACUCUGAGCUUUGCUUUUUUCAAAGUCGGAAAUGACAUCAGUAACAAAGUAAUAGAGCGACAAGUGACAGGGCCAGAGCCAGAGCCCCCACAUCCCAGGGCAUCCUGGUGUUGACACAUCUUACUGCCUGUAGGGCCAUCUUUCGUGGGAACAUGCCUGCCUCUUGGGGAUGGCCAAAGCGUGUGAACAUCUCUUAAAUGGGAAUUGGAAUCAGAGUACAGUUUUCCUUUGAAGAAACCUGUAACCUAUCAGCUUUUUAAGACAUUAAUAAGAAAGUAAUCUUUUUAGCAGGAGUCAGACAAGGGGCCACGUCUUCUCUGUUUCCAUCUCCUUCAGUACCUGAAGGUUCAGGCAGUGUUUAGUCUCCAUUCCAAUGUCUGGGAAAACAGCUGAGGCUUGUUAUUUCAAAAGAAGACUAUUAUUUAAAAUGCGAGUAACAGAGAAGUAGUCAAAGAGAAGAAAGAGCCAAACACUCUACCACCAAGUCAACUUGGAGAUGGUGUGGGUUUUCUGGUGAGUCAGAGCCUUGCUAACAUUUGGCUUUUCAAGGACUGAGCGAAUAAUCAGAAAUUAGGUUUCUGUCAACAGUGGUAACGACAGAGGCAUGUUCCUGAUGUGAUUUUUUUUUUUUCUCAAAAAAAUCUAGCUAGAAGCAAACCCAGAUCUAUUUUUGCUGUUUUAAUCACAAACUAGUCAGUAGACAUUUUUGAAGAAUGAUGUGAAAACUUGUUUUUUCCUGUUAAAAGACAUUCCAGCGGAAGUCCCUACGCAGUUAGUACAUUCUAAUGACUGACUUUUGAAGAAGAUAUUCAACAUUAUCAUAAUGUGGGGGUUUUAAAUUGCUGGCCAAAAUUCGUUAAAGAUUACAUAGAAAACUGUCGGCUUUUUAAGGCGCCUUCAUAAUAGUUGUCACUCUGAUAACUCUGUUCAGUUUUCCAGUGUAGCUGGAAUUUAGUUUCAGAAACCAGGUGUCUUUUGCCUUCACAUUGAUUAUUCCUGUUCAGGCUUUCUCUCCCUUGCAUAUCAGUAAGCAGGAUUACUUCUCUUGAAAAAGAUAACGGCCCUAGCAGGACACAGACUGGCAGGAUGUGAUGCUGGCUGACGUCUGGCCCUGGGGCCGGAGUGGAGGGAGCCUUUGGGGCGAGAGCUGCCCUCCCCGCAGCGCUGCUGUGCCGCCCACCAGGCGGCCGGGUCCCUCCCAUCCCUCUGGGAGUGGGUGCCGGGCGCUCCGGGGCUUCUUUCCUUCGUUCCUGUUCACUGGCUGAUGUGAUCCUCCGUGGAAAAGGGUCCUGCAGCCCUGCGUCUGAGCCCCGGGAAUAGACAGGCCUGGAGGGCUCCUCGGGACACCACACAGAAGCCAAAUCACUUGAACACCGAGUGGCCUGGGGUCAGGUUCAGAGUCCACGGCGGGCAGAGCCUCAGAAGGGGAGGCGGCGGCCGCGUGGAGGCGUUCGUGUUUACAGUUUUCUACUCUUCCCAAGGCAGGCGGGCACCUGCGCGGCUGCGGCCCCAGCCCUGAGCUCCACGGGUCAGAACCGUCCGCGAUGCUCCGACAGCUGGGCGGCCGCCCGUGUCCAGUCUCGCUCCCCACCUCCUAGAAGGCUGGGCGAUUUAGGUGUCAAUAGUCAUCUUUUAUGGUCUCCACGUGAAUUCCAUGUGUGAGACUAUGUAAACCUGCAAAGAAAACCUGUUGAGAUUUUUCACUACUUUGAGGCUUAACGAAAAUGAUUUCUACAAAAUAUAUUUUAGCAGAAACACCAUGACGGCAUACGCCGACUGUACGAGGACCUAACUCAGUGCUGCUUCCGUAAGCACGGUCAGCGGCUUCUGGAUCACCCCCCUUCCCCGUACAACAGGCGUCAUUUCUAAGCAUCUGUGGCUGUGCUUUUUGCAUUUCUUUUGAACGUUGAUUUGCAUGGUGGGUAUUAUUUAUUUCUUCUCUAACGGAUCUGUACCUGGUUAUUUUUCCUCUAAGGGAUGUUUCCGAUUAAAUACAGAUAUUACAGCAA